AUGCUAUCGGAGUUCUGUCCCAGCUAUGGGCCUCUCUUCGGAGUCCUCGGCUGUACAAGCGCCAUCGUAUUCACGAGCAUCGGAGCAGCCUACGGAACCGCAAAGGCCGGGGUGGGCGUUUGUUCAUCGGGUGUCUUGCGGCCGGACUUGAUCGUCAAAAAUAUCGUACCCAUCGUUAUGGCCGGCAUCCUAGGCAUAUACGGCCUCGUUGUUUCGGUGCUGAUUGCCAACAACCUCGCGCAAGAGAUGGCUCUGUACACUAGUCUGCUUCAGCUGGGCGCCGGACUGGCGGUUGGGCUUUGCGGACUGGCUGCUGGGUUUGCAAUUGGGAUUGUCGGUGAUGCGGGGGUGAGAGGGACCGCGCAGCAGUCGAGACUUUACGUGGGCAUGAUCCUUAUUCUGAUCUUUGCUGAGGUCUUGGGGCUGUACGGCUUGAUUGUCGCGCUGUUGAUGAAUUCCAGGGCAGGCGUUGUCGACUUCAAGUGCAGUAGCUGA